AUGCUGUCCUUGCUUCUUGUCAGCAUCACCUUCGUAACCCAGCCGCCUCUUUCCUUUCUGUCAGCGGAACACCGCUCGGUCAUGACGGUCAAGAACCUCAGCAAUGUUGCAUGCGCGCCAUACGUUGUCUCCUCCCGGAGCACCUGCAAACAGCGCGUAGAGGCGCCCUAUGCUGGAGCAAUCCUAUGGUUGCCCGCAAUCGAACCCCGCAUGAAACGACCGGAUGUGCCGCCAUUGAGUCCCCCGUGUUGGAACGAUACCUACCGUCAGGACCGUCAGGAAACAUCAGAAAAUAACAUCAGCUCCAAUCAACGUUUACCGGCGGGUUCGGAACUAGUUAGCACCCCGUCCCGUCUGGAGCUCACAACGGCAUCGCGACCGCCGUUCAUGGAACCUUUCACGCGGCUUCCCUGGAUCGCCUAUGCCGGCGUCCGCUUCAGCGACGGAGAGAAAUGGACGGUUCAAGCUGACAAGGAGGGGGAACAAGGCUAUAUCUGUGGUGGAUUUGGCUCGGGAUACAUCAUAGGUAGCGACCGUGAUGCCAAACCGGGGCAGGCAGUCGGAGAGGCGCCCCGUACUCCCAGAAUACUUUGGGCACGCAUGGCAUGUGCCCGUAUUGUGACGAUAGUCCCGCACGGAAUCGCCGGAACCGCUUCAGAUCUCGACCGGAUUGCAGGAUCCUGGAUUGCAUCGGUAACAUCAACUCGGCAGGAGGAUAGCUGUAAGCCGAGUAAUCCAGCCAAAGUCCCAGUCCCUCCUCCAACGGAUGAGAUGCUCGUGUUAGGACCACUCGCAGAUCGUUACUGA